GUCACUCCUUGCGUACGGACGACACACCUACAAAAGAGAACCCCGUCCCGAGUCUCAAACCUCCCUGUACACCACCUGUUCGAUCAAUUGCGCCGCCGCCGCCGCCGCCGCCUAUGAGCUUCCUAGCCGGCCGCCUCGCCGCCAAGGAGGGCGCCUACUUCCUCCAGGAGUCCAAGCACGCCGCCGGCCGCCUCGCGGAGAAGCUCCCCGCCUCCGCCCCCGCCCCCGCCCCCGCCCCCGGGUCGACGUCGCCGUCGCCCGACGUGCUCCCGGAGAUCCUCCGCCACGCCGUGCCCAUCAAGGCGACGCCGCCUCCGGGUGAGCCCUCGCUCUCCGCGUCCUCCCGCUGGGCCGUCCCGCGGGGCGGCGCCGAGGCUGCCGGCUUGUCCCCCGACGCGCUCAACCCGCUCCGCUCCUACGUCUCUCUCCCGCAGGCGACCUUCGGCCCCAAAAGAUGGCAGCUUCCAAAUGAGCAGCCAAACUACUCUUCCUCAACGGCCAAUGAGCGACGGCGUGAUAGGCACCCACCUCCCAUGGACCCUGAAAAGUUGAAGGCUGUAAUCGCUGGAUACUCGCAGAUUGGAAAGGCAUUUAUUGCUGCAACUAUAUUGGUGUUUGGAGGAUCAACGGCUGUCCUAUUAUACACAGCAGAUAAGCUGCAGUUGCAUUCAGUAGAUGAUGUCAGAACUAAAGGAAGAGAUGCUGUGCAACCACGAGCCGACAUGAUCAAAGAACAAAUAGCUCCAUUGAGAAGCUGGUUUUGUUGUCCCACACAUUCUGAAACUAGGCUGAAGAGAUGUCCCGAAAAUGGCAUUUCGAAGGAGAUAAAGAUGCCAAGGAGAAGUCCAUUAUCAGAGAGCUUUCAAGAGCACUCGGCUCUAGGACGCCGCCAACUUGAUCAAACAUCUUCCGCCGAUAGUUGAUGUUACCAAGUUUACCAUCGAGUCCAUCGCUUGUACGUUGUGUAUAUUAUGUUUGUUAUAAGCCUAUAAGUAAUGUAAAGUUCGAUCAAAUAAGAGAGUUUGUUACUACCCCUUCUGGUCUGCGUAAAAGACCAGAUCGAAAAGGCGGACUCUUGGAUAAAAACAUUGUGAUUGUUAACGGUGUUAGGUAAAAUAUAAAGAGAAGCUAGUGUGAGUAAAGCAUUUUCUUAGAGAAUGUGAAACAACUUAAUUAGAGCAUCCCAGCAGCUCAUCUAUAUUUGAUCCUCCAAAUACCCAUAUGGAUUAUCAUCCAAAAAA